CUCACUUCAGCGUUGUCAAAUGACACGAUCUUACAAAAAAAAUACAACUAGUCCGUAUUGGACAAACAAUUGAAACAUCGGGGCAGAUAUUGCGCGGCGUGAAUUAUUCUGUUCGUCUAUCGAUUAGCGAUGGUGUCAACUUGGAACCCCACCGGUGCAAUUUUGGUCUUUCUCUUUUUUUCCAGUAGAUCGCCACAAAACUCAUCCGUUUUGCCUUCUGCAGAGGCAUAUCUUCCAACAACAACAACAAAUCAUCGUCGUCAUCAUGGUUGUCGUUACUUUCAAGCGAUUCCCAAACAAGAAGGCAAAAACAGCAAUAAGAAAAGUAUCAGAAAAAGGAAGACCACUACUUCAUUGUCUACGAUAUCAUCCAUAUCGUCAUCUCUAUUUGAACGACCUUCGUGGCUCCAGUGCGAUCCUUUCCCAUAUGCACAGCUUGAUGUUCAGGGGCAGCAACCUUACGUGAAACCUUUCGAAGAUUACCACGACCAAGAGGAAAAUUAUUUGCACAAUCAACAGCAGCAACCAUCGGAACGAAUUGUUUCCUAUGACACAGGUGGCGACAGCUACGGUCAACCGAUUGAUCCACCGGAACUGUCUGUGGGCCGAGGGAGGAGCAACAAGAACAAACAGAGCAAACAUUAUCCCAACAUCCGACCGAGUGGAGAACUGGGACAGCCAGAACAGAAACGAAAACAUCGAGAACCGGAUUUGCAACGCAUACAAUCCUAUACGACAGACGGAAAGAGCUUCGCCCAACCCAUUCGACCGCCCAAAUCUUCGGUAGGGCGGGCGAAAACUAACAACAACAACAACAACAGAAAGAGAAAGUAUUUUGGAACUGGUGGAGAAUGGACACAACUUCAGCAGCAGAAUCAAGAAGAGAAAGAGCAGCGGCAAUCCUAUGCAUCUGGUGGGAGCAGCUUCAAGCAACCCACCCAAGAACCCGAGCCAUCGGUAGGACAAAGGAAUGCGAAGACUCGAUAUAGCCAAUUGGAGAAACAACAGCUCGACGGUAGUACAACAACGCAAGCCAAAAAAAAUGCUUCCUUGCAUUCCUAUGGCACCGAUACUGUCCAACCAAUAGUUAUGGAUCAUCAAUUACCCUUAUCCGCGUUGUCGUCUGACGUUCGAAGCCCGUUUUUGUCCGGAUCAAAAAACUACUACAAGGCGAAACAUUAUUAUGCUCCCAAAAUUGAACGAUCAUUGACAAUGGCGAAUCAAGAAGGAUUAAAGCCUUACAGUGCUAUUCGUUCGAAUAGUUCCAACUCGUCGGUCAUUAAACAAGAAAUUACUUUCCCACCAGCAGAGUCACCACCACCGCAAAGAUUGGCAACGGAAAUGGGUCGCGAUAUUGCCACUGCUGAGAGCAUCAGCCCCUACCCUCGUGUUCAAACACAAUCACCAAUGCUUCUUGCGAAGGGACUAACAGCUGGCCGCUCACGAUUCAACAGCUCCUAUAAAACGCAACAAAUCUAUCCGAAAGUGAGAAUACCGUCCCCUUUUUCGUUCCAACGGCGCACCCAAGGUAAUGGCAGUCUGAACCCCUACAACGAGGGUGGAGUAAGUGGUAAGGAACCAAAUGAUCCACCUAUUCAGAAAAAAGGGCGAAUACCUCGAUUCAAAGGCGUUCCUCGCCGUACGCAGAUAUCGCCAUUCGUCAAGCCAAAAUACAGUGACAGUGAAAAGACAAGCAGUAGUGGCGAUAUGUACACAAACGAUAAUCUAUCGGAAGCAUCAUUGGAUUACAGUACUAAUUCCGACCUUAUGUAUACCGAGGAAAGUAGUAACACGUAUGACAAUGGCGUCAAUGGUAAUUUUUACGGUCAAGGUACAGGGGAUGGGGUUUUUCGUAGUGUUGAAAGUUACAACGAUGUUUAUCAGGGCUUCGGAGGAGAAAACGCAAUUCUGGACUAUGGCCAGCGAAACGAUGGAUACGAUCAUAACGAGGAAGCAAGAGAACAAUACCUCCAGGGACUCUAUGACGGAGAUGCCGACGACGAUUGGUAUAGCCAAUCACAUUCGUUUCAGAUUCCAAUUACCAUUAACAUUUGCGGAAGAGAAGAAAUGAAUCAGGGAAAUGACAGCACCGAGCAAACUAUCAAUAUUAACAUCAAUGUAAAUACCAACGAAGGGGAAGGUUAUUACGAAUGGAUAACACAACAAUCAUGACAUGCAGCAGCAAAAGUUGUCUGGAGACUAAAAAUCUGAGCGGAAG